CAGGGGGUUGGAACUAAAUGAUCAUUGUGGUCCAUUGCAACCCAGGCCAUCCUAUGAUUCUGUGAUUCUAAAAUUAAUAAUGUGAGCAUUUUCACAAUUAUGUACAACCUCCUGUGACCGUUUCUCUUUGUUCUCUCCUUGAUUCGUACUUUUUCCUCUAAUCAGUGCUGCUAAGGCUAUUUCUGUGCUUGUAGGAUUAAAUUCAUUUAAUGGAAUGCAGAAAGUUUAUUAUCUCUGUUUGCUUGGUUUUGUUCUCUUCAUAGAAUUUGUUGUGGCAGUGCUGUUAUCUUUUUUUUUUUUUUCCUCUGUCUGCUUUCUCAAUGUAUUUUUCUCUGUGCUACAAAUACCAAAUUGAGGAGACGAGGAGCUUUAUUCUUGCUGUGCUUUGUUUGGAAACAAGACGUAGCGAUUUAAAACCAUGAAAUAAUUCUCUUGGCAGUUUACAUCUCAUCUCUGCAUUUUAGCUUAGCCUCUGGUGCUCUGUAUUCCCUUCCUGUGUGGUUGGUGAGAUGCUAUCCUCUUUGCCCCCAAAAUGCCUUUAUGGGAAUGCUGGAAAAACACCUCAUCUUACUGCUUCAGUACAGUAACAAAACCAAGUACAGGAAUGUGUUUCCUUUAGGAAUUCUGUGUGCCUGAUGGGAUUGCUGUGCUUCACCUCUGUUCUUAGAUCAUUUGGCAGAUCCAUCUUCUGUUGUGAAGUGGUGCCAAUGAGGAGAGGUCUCCAAAGGCAUUUCGCAUUAGUGAAGUGCAGCACACUGAUGUGCUCUGCUCAGCCAACACAAAAAACAAACUUUGUUUUAAAAUGCUGAGCACAUGUGAUGUUGCAUGCAUGAAUUGCUUUCCACUAUCCAGGGCUUCAGGUUUAUUCUUAAUUUGUUCUUAAACUGUUGAUAGUCAUGAAAAUAAAGGGAGGGUCUGUUCGCAUUGUUUGUAGUAGAAAAGAGCAGCGCAAGAUUUCAUCUACUGCUGUUCAGAUCCCUUGCUAUUUCUGGUAUUUGACCUCUGCAGAGAAGAUUGCCAAAUCUGCAGGUCAUUUUCUUUUUUUGUUACGUGUUUCUCUUCUCUUACAAGUUCCUCUCAUGCACUGACCAAGUCUUUGAGGCAAAGAUCUGUUUCUUCCACACUUUCUUUGGUAUUUUUUCACAGGUGAUUUUACUUCGCUGUACGUUGCAGAGCUAAUCUUCCCUUUUGGAAUUGAGAACUACGUGAUUUGGCAAACGUGCACAAUGAGAAGGAGAUGGAAUAACUUACAAAUUGCUGGUUUAUGUUUUGAGAAGCUUUCUGCAGUGGAGAGGACUCAUGAGCCUGCUGGCUUGAGUUUAGGCUGUGAGGUUUGGAGUAAUACACAAAGAGCAGAGCGGUAUGUGCUCAGGCAAAAUGCAACAUUUAGUUUGUGCUCGUAGGUGCUUACCUUUCAUUUCUCUGUCAAUGGAAAGGCUGCUUUGGGCACCUCUGACUGCUUCUGGUCUUGCUAUAUGUUUGUUUCCACGCUCCACUAGAGAGAAAUACAUAACCACAGCAUCUGUAAACCUCUUCCUUUUUGGCAUUCCUGUCCCUUCAUGCCUUCUGUUUUAAAAACCAAGCUUAUUUCUUUUUAAAGGAGCUUUGUGGGCAUCCUGGAGGUCAAAAUAUUAUAGGUUGUUUCAGUUGACUGUAUUUAUUUUCAAGUUGACUGUAUUUAUUAUCAAGACGCAGAGAAGUUUACCAUAAUGGUAUGCUGCAAUAUCAAAGAGAUGCUCCAAGGUUACAGAGAACUGUAAAUGCAGAGCAGAGAUCAAGCAGCUGUAGUUUGGAGGAUCACGUGGAGUAGGGCUGAUUUGUAACAGGUGGCUUCGCCUUGGUGAGGAUGGUGUUGCGAGAUGCACUUCCAUGCUAAGAGCAGCAGUUGCUGAAGACGAAAGUGAGUGGUGGUAGCUGACAUUUGGGCCAGAUGCUUCUGUGUAAUCCAGGCUGUGGUGUUUCCUAUCAUGCUAACAUCACCUGCGUUUUGUCUGUGUUUAUAGAAUGAAUCAGAGGAGGGUUGGAAGGGACCUCAAGGAUCAUCAAGCUCCAACCUCCCUGCCACAGGUAGGGCAAACCUCCACAUUCAAUACUAGACCAGUGUUGAGACUGCAUUCCAUAGAUCCUUGGGCUACUGUGAGUUGGAACAGAGGAAGAUCCUGAGUUCUACUAACGACUGCAUAUCCUAAAGAAAAGAGGUAGCAGCAGCCAAACCCUCUUCUCUUCCCAAGGGAUCUCUGUCACUUCUUCAGAGGCAGUUCCAGAGCAAGCUCCCUUCCCCCCACCAGACUGAUGUCAGGUACUCGCAGGCAGGUUUCCACACUGAUCACUGUGACAGGCUCCUGUGCCAUGUCCAAAGCAUUCAAAGCAACUUACUUGGCACGGGGGUUCCUGGUAGCCAUAACAAAGUGGAUGCCUGGGUUGUCAAAGUUGAGCAGUGCAGAGCGGCAUGUGCUUUCGAGGUGGCAGCGGUCCAAUGCUUAGUGAUCUUCUAUUGUGUUUGGAAGACCAUUGUUUCCUAUUUGUCCCAUAAAUUUAACACAGAUCCUAUUCCUGCCAUUUAAACUUUCCCAUCAAAGUACAACAGUGACUUCCCCUCCUGAAAAGGAAGGGCUGGCAGCUACACCCUGACGCUCGAGCACAAAUUGUUUAUAUAACCUUCAAUCACAAUUUCAUAAUAGCCUGAAGGCUGUCUUACUGGGGCAGAUAUUUUACUGAGUUUUUAGCAAAAACCCUGCUGCCAUCAAACGUAGUAUUGCAGCUCCUUAACUGCUGCUGGGAAAUAGAAGCAAAGGCUGUACGCUGCACCUUCCUGAUGAUAUAUGUUGCACAUCUAUCUGGAAAAUAUGCAGUGUUUUCUGCUAGUGUAAAACAGCUCCACCUGUAUCAUUUGGGAGUGAAAGCUGAGGCACUAUCUUGGGCUCCUUUUACUUCCCAGAGAGUAUUAUUAAAUCUGAAUGAAGCGUGUUUUUGCAGUCUCUACCUUUUCACAGCUGGUGAUUUUUCAGAAAUGAAGUUCAGCAAACCUGGCUAAAAUUGGGUCUUAGCCUUGUGCUAAGCGUUCAACAACUGUCUGCUUUUAUAUUGGUUCUACUGAAGUCUUGUCCCAUUUGAGUAUGUAAGAAGCAGGCUGUGUGGGUAGGGCUGUACACAGUGCCAGAAAACAUGUUGAAAUUCUUCUCUUUGGAGGGGAAAGGAGUUUCCACAGGAUGUCUGCAUUUUAUGGCAAAAAUUACUUGUAGAUGUAUUCUGAAAGGUUGCUUUGAUGUAGAUGAUUAACCUGGGACCUCACUGUCAGGAUAUUACCAGGUUGGAUAGCUUAGAUUAUCUGUGACUUGAGAAUUAAGCUUGUAUAAGUGUAUCUACUUAAGCUGUUUUUUAAGAAUUUGCUUGUUUAUCACGUGGUGCGUUGGGAAGGCAAGGCAAGGCCUUGAAACUACCAACAACACCAUUUUAAAAACAAGCAGAAUGCAGUUUUGUCAUAGCAACUUUUCCUUUGUUGCUGGCCUCCUGUGGAACAUUAAAAUAAUGAGCCAAAACCAACGAGCACGCAGCACUUUGCUCAUUUCAUCCCCUUCCCAAAAUCCAGCCUGAGGAAUUAGGAGAAAAAAUCAGUGGGGCAGCUGGGAAAGCAUGAUGGUAUUUUCCUGCAUUUUGGGCCUGCCUGAUUUUUCUUUGGUUUCUAUUUGGAUAUUUCCAGAAAGAAUCCUUCCAUGUGUGUGGUUACUGGGAUUGGGCACUGGCCUACUUUGUAUGGAAAUAAGUCGAUUUUUGGAGUACUGCUUUACCUUAACUGAAACAUCCAUAAUAGAAUCAUAGAAUCACAAAGUUGGAAAAGACCUACAAGAUCAUCUAGUCCAACUGUCCUGCCACUACCCUUGCUACCACAAGCCACUAAACCAUAUCUCAUAGCUAAAGUCUCAUAAGAGUGAGGAGAGCUGACCUCCAUGGGAACUGCUGUGAUUCCCCCAAAAUUGAUUUUAUAACACAGAAGAGAAAUAUAAUUGAGCCUGUAAUUGAGAGAGAAAUUGUCCACGUGGAUGAUUGUGCUUCCUUUCUAUAUCCCAACUACAUUUUAUUUGUUGAAAAGUGAUCCAAGUUCAUGAACUGACCAAAACCACCUGUUGAUUUUGAUGGUAAACAUCUCCUUCAAAUUUAAAUAUCCAUGUGUAUCACUGAAAUACUGUGGGUUUCUAGAAUAAUUCAAUAAUGCCAGAGAAAAAUUGCCUCAGAAGGAAGGGCUUUUUUUUCCCAGUUGCAAUAAGAACCAGGGCUGUGUAUUUUUUAGGAGCCUCAGGAAAGGCUUUGGUUCUUAGGAGAACUGUUGAAAAUGCUUAAUUCUCCCAGAUUGUGGUGCUGUCCUCAUGCCUGUUUAAGUAGCCUGUGGUGUGCUGAAUGGGUGCUUCCAUAUGUCUCUGAGCACCAGAACAGCUGCAAAGUGUAACUCAUUUGUCCCUUUCAGGCUGUAGUUCUACUUCAUUUUUUGUCUUGCCUAUGCAGAAGUUGGGCCAAGAAGUCUCCUGCAGCUGUACUGAUGCAACUGUUUGUGGGCUGUGACUGCAAGCAGCCUUUUAGAGCAGAAGUUAUUCCUCAGACUCCUGAUAGCUUCAAGAACAGCAUUUGAGAUGUCUGCAAUUGAGAAGAUUGAGGAGCAGUUUGCCAGCCUGCGCAUAGCAAAGCGCUCUGUGCUAAGUGAGGAACCUGCUUACCUGCUGGAUAUAGACAUCUCUGGAUCUGCUCAGUCUGAGAGCAGUCGCUUUGUGGCAGUUUCAUGUUCCAAUAAAUCAAUUAGGGUCUAUAACAGAGAAACACUGAACUUCCUGCGGGAGUACAGUAGCUGUCCUGGGACACUCAACGGUGUCAGAUUUGCACAUGUGUGUGACAGCUUGGUGUUUUCUGCAUGCAGUGAUGGUACAGUGAAAUGUUGGGAUAUUCGUUUAGCAACUCAGAAAGCUGCGCAGGUAUUUAGUGGCUAUCCUUCCAAUGUGUUUAUCAGUUUUGAUAUCAAUUGCAGUGAUCUCAUGAUUUGUGCUGGAACAGAAAAAGUAGAAACUGAUACAUUCCUGGUGUUUUGGGAUGCGAGAGGCAGCACAGACUGUGCCAGCACAAUUAGGCAACCUUUGGGAGUGUACUCUGAAAGUCACAAUGAUGAUGUCACUAAGAUUUGUUUUCAUCCUGUCAAACCCAGUUUGGUCGUUUCUGGGUCGACUGAUGGUUUGGUUAAUGUGUUUGACAUUAACAAGGACAAUGAAGACGAUGCUUUGAUAUCAACCUGUAAUUCAGAUUCAUCAGUAAGUUUUAUUGGCUGGUCUGGGAAAGGUUACGAACAGAUCUACUGCACGACCCACGAUGAGGGAUUUUAUUGGUGGGACCUUGCUCAGUUAGAUACUGAAGAACCAAUAAUGCUGUUGCGCAUUCUGGAUGCCAGAGAUUCAGUCUGCAUUGAAAAUGGCAGCUUAAAUUAUCUGGUAGGAGGCGUGUACCAUGAAAAGGCAGACAGGCUCUUUCUGAUCGGAGGAACAGCAACAGGAGACGUUCACCUGAUAAGCUGCAGCGCUGCUGGGCUGAGCCUGGUGGGUGCCCUUCCAGGGGGACACUCUGCCACCGUUCGCUCUUUCUGCUGGAACCUGGCAGAGGAGUCGCUGUUGACAGGAGGGGAGGAUGCCCAGCUGUUGUUGUGGAAGCCUGGAGCUGUGGAACGCUCCCUGGCAAAGAAGAUGUCCAUGAAGAUUGCUUCUUCUGUGCAGAAGAGAGUGAGAGUUCACAACAGUUCCCUCAAAAGCAGGAAAAAAUAAAAUUCUGGGAAUGGGAGCCUGCUCCGUAGAGGUCUUUCUGUUUGUUUUAUCCUUCCAGGCAGUACUUGGCUGCUGCUUUAUUUGGAGGUGUUCUGUGGAAAGAACUGCAAUACAUGAAUUCUGUUUGGGAACUUGCAUCAGUCAUCAGAGGAGUGCUUUUUUUUUUUUAAGUUGCUAAUAUUAAUCUGAAAAGAGUAAAUGUUUGCUCACUGGUUCAUGAAAAAUACAUCUUCAAUCUGUUUUUAUAAAAAUACUUUUUAUGGUGGUUUGGUGUCUCAGCCAACAUUUUAAUGCAUAAUAUAGGCCUGUGACUUGCAUAAUUUGUUACUUUCCCAGUGAAAUUCCCUGUCAUGUUUUAAAAGCUUUUGUAUUUCAAGCUGUGUUUUUCUUUCUUUACAGAGAACUUAAUGAAAUUGCUCAAUAUAUUAAAAAAUUUUACAUCGCUUCUUAAUGCUUGAGGGAAUUACUUCUUAAUGAAACAGAAAAUAAGUACUCUUUUUGCAUUGUCAUAUUGCUGGUUUAUAACAAGCUUGUAAAGCAGCAUUUGAUAGAGUCAUAUUUUUUUAUAGUGAAGAUAUGAAUGUAUUCAACCAGAUGGGAAUGCACUACUCUGCACAGCUGAUUUUUUGACUGGAUGAGAAGUGUUGGAACUGGUGUUACUUAGGGUGUGUUUGCUUUGUGAAAAUACCCGAGAAUCUUCCAGGCAGCUUCAUUCUUUGAUGGUAGAAGCAUCUCAGGGGGUGCACCUGGAAGAUGGGAGAUGGUCAGGGAGUUAAAGAAAUUAAUAGAUGCAAUGACAGCAGUUGUGCUUGGAGUUCCCAGACCUGCGUUUGAAAUAAGCUGCUAUCACACGCUGAGGGGGGGAUGUUAAAAAAACAAAACCAGUCUUCUGAGAAUGUGUUUACUGAAUAACAGGCCGAUGUGAGAAGGCUUUAAGAAAACCUCUUAGAAGUUCGUGUGUGUCUUUUAAGAAAUGGUCUUUGCAGAGACGUGCUUAUGUGCAGACAUCUCUCAAUGAUUGCAUUGUUUUAGUGUUCCAUCAAACAGCUAUUAAGUGCUGCAAAAAUUGCCUUGUUCUGAAACACUUGAAUUUUUAUGCUUAUUCUGCUCCGCUGGCAGACUCCAAUCUGUGCAUCUGGCUCUGCACACACAAUUACCUCCAGCCUUCGGAGUACCAUUGCAGUCAAAUGUUGGUUGGUAAUUACACUGUACUUAACAUAUGUGAACUACAACUGGAAGCAGCAAAAGAGUAUUUAAGGAUUGUGAUGUUAUUGAACAGCUGGCUAAAGAAUUCAGAGGUUUUCUAUGUGAGCACAGAUUGGUAAUUCUUUCAAAACAAGUUAGGAAUGUCAGCUUUAGAGGUUCAGCUCGGAGUUUAAAAACUGUUUCUGAAAUGCAGAGGGUUCCUCAAGUUGUGGUUAUGGCUGUGCCAAAGGUGCCUUCAUCAUCUCUGGAAGUGAAUCCCAUUCAAACAAGUACCAAGGAUCCACGUGGUGUGUUUUACAAACUGGUGUCUUUCAGCCACAGCUGUGCAUCCACAGUAGUGCUGGGUCUGCCUGUUGAUAACUUCACUGUGAUUCACUUGCUUCUGUUCCUGCUGGUUAUUUACUGCUGCAGCUUCCAUUUAAAAGUCACUUUAAACUUCUUUUAAAAGUGGUGUUAAAUUCAAAUUGCACCCAAAAUCCUUAUAAAUGGAAGGUCACAAAAGUCAUCCGUUGCUUUUUAAAUGACUUCAUGCAAUUUUGAGACAGCUUAGGCAGUCUGUGGCUGGGACACAUCUACACCUCGUGCCCUUUCAGCUCUUUUGUCCUCCCAGGUCACAAGUCAUCACUUGGGACUGUGGAACUGAGUUCUGUGACUGAGUGGACCAAAAGGUUUGGAGCCCUCUGGCCAGUCAGGCCAUUGGGCUGAGUUGCUUUACCCUUCUCCUCAUAUCUCAACAUGCUCAGUGGAAUAAGCUCGUUGGCUAACACUUCAUUUCUUGAAUAAAUGGUGGGUGUGCUUUAUGGAAAUGCACAGUGAGGGAGCUUUUGGUUGCCUCCUCUUUCUUUAAAGUGUCUUUUGGGGAAGACCCUAUGUGUGUUUUGCCAACCAUCUCUCCACUAAAGCAGCAGAGAUAGGAGUUCUGGUAGCAGUGUUUGAACUAUGCAGCCUGUAUCUGUUUUUCUGUAUUAAACUGAUCCAUAACAAAGUACCACCCAUCCCAGCUCCAGCCAUGCCUUCCCCAACCUUGGUUUUUACACACAAUGUUUUCCCAUUCCCACAGCUGUUUGCAUUUUCCUCAGCUGUCAGGAGACUCAUGCUUGUGUUGCCCCUGAAAAUGCUGCAUGCUUUUUAGUUUCGUGUUGACUUAAUUUCAGAUUAAUGUUCAUAAAAUAAACAUGGUGGAAACCACAUGUUAACAACUAAUUAAUGCUGUGUGCUUCUGUAAACUGAAAUUUUCAUAGACCACAGAGAACGGACAUAACAUGGAACUAAAGAAAUAACAGACCUGAGUGAGGUUGACUUGGCUGACUGUAUUCCAUUUGUUAGCUUAGUUUGGAAGUCUCUGAGUUGCCCUCGGUGUUGUUAAGAAGCAUAUUUGACCUGUAUGGCACUCAUAUAAUUGCAACUGCAAGUUGCAGGCAGUCAGAAAUCUUCAUUGUGUUAACUGCUUCACCCCAAGGGAAGCUCUAAUUGUGGAAGCAAUAUCAGAUUUUUUUCCAGUAAAUGAAAAUUAAAAAUCCAGAUAGAUUACCUAAGUGCAGAAAAGUGUGCAUCUUUAUUCAGAGAUGAGAAUAAACCUAGAAUGUCAUAUUUGAAGCAACAGGAGAAUAUUAUUUAGUGAACACAUGAAAGAAAACAGAUUUACUCAUAGUCAGCACUUUUCUAAUCGUCCCCUUUGUUUCUUUUCUCUGCAGGUUAAAUCCAGCACAUGCAUACUGCCCUCUAUGGCUGGGGCUGCUCCCUCUGCCUAUCUUCAGAGAUGGAUCCCAUAUCAAGGGGGGCAUUUCACAGAAUCACAGAAUGGCCAGGGUUGGAAGGGACCUCAAGGAUCAUGAAUCUCCAACCUAUUUCAGCUGGGGGUAGGAUUUCCCCCUGCUUUGGGGGAGCAGCAGGAAUUAUUUGACCAAUCUAAAUAAAGCUAAUACGUGGUGAGGGCAGGUGAGCAGAGGAAGUAGUGCUUUGAUAUGUUUCUGGAACGGGGUGAAUCCUGUCCCUUUCCUCUCUGAGCAUUCCUGCCCUGGUGUAGGCUGAUGGGCUGCUACUAACUGAUGAAUGGGUGAAGACAGGCAGGCAGACCCCCCCCACCCUUUGGUCAGGGCUGUCUGUGAGGCUCUUUGGCUCCCUUUGGUGCAAGUAUAACAGCUUGCUUUUGCUUUUGAGCUUGAUGGAAGCAGGAUAGGGCCUUCACUAAAUUAUGCAAAAUAUAAACACCCUUCAAGCAUAAAGGCCAGUUCCUGUUUGUCUGUGGGAUGAACAAUUCAGCAGUGAAGCGUGCAGGAGAGGCAGAAGCUGUCUGCUCACAGGGGUUGGGUUUUCUUCCCUAACUUGUGGCAGUGAGGAGAGCCACGGGUCGAGCCAGUACUGCAGCCUGUGCCAUGCAGGCACCACUGGGUUUCCUGGGAUGUGGAAAAAGGAGAAAGUGAGUGUGGUGAUGCCAAUCUUUUUAUGGGAAUGCAUUAAGUUUUCAGUUCAAUAUCAACCUUACCCUCUCAUGUUUGGGAUAAAGAUUUGAUGCUGCUAAAAAUUCUAUAAAGGUGAUGUUGGAACAGCCUUCUGCCAUAUGAAGUCAGAACUGGUAAUAAGAAAUGCGAGGAGGAAUUUGAGACAGUUCUGUGUGCUAAUUUAAAUCAUUUGAGGAGGUUAAAUAUUUAAUAAAUGUUACAACAAACAAAACCCAACCACAGUUUCAGUAGAUCACC